AUGACAAGAGAUAUACGCAUCGUCCUCGUCGGCGAGCAGGGCGUCGGCAAAUCGACACUCAUCACCUCUUUGCUCAAGGAGACUUUUGUUCAGCUGCCUGCUCAUUCACUGCUGCCGGAAGUCACGAUACCGCCGGACGUCACGCCGGACGCCAAUGCCACGACUUCCAUCGUGGACACAUCACCUCGCACGGAGGAUAGCCAGCAUCUGCACAAUGAGAUCAGAAAAGCUCAUGUCGUCGCCAUCGUCUACUCUGUCGAUGAUCCCGGAACGUUUGAGAUGGUCUCGCUCAGAUGGCUGCCUCUCAUUCGCCAGCUCGGCGUCAAUGUGCCCGUCAUCCUCGUCGGAAACAAGAUAGACCUCCGCGGUGGCGAAGUGACCAACCAAGGUCUGGAAGAAGAAAUCAUGCCGAUCAUGACGGAAUACAAAGAAGUCGAGACCGCAGUCGAAGCAUCAGCACGGUUGCCCCUGAACGUCUCGGAAGUCUUCUACUUUGCGCAGAAAGCAGUGCUCAAUCCGACCGCUCCGCUGUACGACUCGCGUGAUCACCUCCUCAAACCGGCGUGUAUUGCCGCGCUCAAGCGGAUUUUUGCCCUCUGCGACACGAACAAAGAUGGCAUCUUGAGCAAUCAGGAGCUCAAUGAAUUUCAGCGUCGUUGCUUCAACAUUGCGCUGCAGCAGCGUGAGCUAGACGGCAUCAAGGAGAUCGUCAGAUCGCACAAUCCCGAUUUCAUUCAGCAGGACGGCAUCACCGUCGAAGGCUUCUUAUACUUACAUACAAGCUUCAUACAAAAGGGAAGAUUAGAGACGACCUGGACCGUCCUCCGCAAAUUCGGCUACGGCGAUGAUGUCACGCUCACUGAGCAAUUCCUCUCGCCAAGGUUUGACGUGCCUGCCGACUGCUCCGUCGAACUCAGUCCGCGAGGCUACGCAUUCUUCACCGAUAUCUUCGAGGCCUUUGACCGGGAUCAAGAUGGCGCGCUGCGGCCAGAAGAGCUAGAUUCGCUCUUCAGCACCUCGCCGGGCAAUCCCUGGACAAGGCAGGGCUUCCCCUUGACGACGGUCACAAGUACAGCAGGUGCUGUCACCCUACAGGGCUGGCUCGCUCAAUGGAGCAUGACGACUUUGCUUGAGCCUAAGAUCACGCUACAAUACCUGGCUUAUCUUGGCUACUCUAAUUCGUCUGAAGAAGCAUCGAUUCCCAUCACGUCGGCUUUACAUAUUACUAAGCCGCGCAAGCCAGAACUACGUAAAGGCACUGUCUCACGCAGCGUCUUUCUUGCAUAUGUGCUCGGUGCUGCCGGCUCUGGCAAGACGUCACUGCUCUCCGCUCUCGUCAAUAAGCCCUUUACGAGACAACACAACCCCACCCGAAAAGUUGCUACUGUCGUCAAUUCUGUCGAGAGCAGAGGAGCCGAGAGGUAUCUCGUUCUGCAGGAAUUUGGCUCCAAUUACGAAAGUGAGAUACUGAGAAGCUCGAAGAAACUCAACCUGGCAGACGUCCUCGUCUUUGUGUAUGACUCUAGCGACACGAAUUCGUUCUCGUAUGUCAGUAAUCUGCGGCAGCAAUACCGACUGGACCACAUACCCAGCAUCUUUGUCGCCACCAAGUCUGAUCUCGAUCUGGCCCAGCAAAGGCAUGAGGUACAGCCAGACGUCUAUUGUCGCCGUCUGAGCCUGCGUGUGCCCGUGGCGGUCAGCUUCAAAUAUGGGCAAGCGGCCGAAGUCUUUCAACAGAUCGUCAAUACGGCCAUCCAUCCCCUGUCUUCGAUACCUGGUGGCUACGACAGAAGCGCGUCUCGAUUGAGCAUGAUUCUGUCAGUCUCCGCACUGGUAGGUGGGAUCACAGCAGCUUCCUUUAUGCUCUAUCGACGCGGACUUGGCGCGCUCUUCUCGACGUGGUGGACCGUCAAGAGGGAGUCUCCGUAA